AUGCAAGAUCCUGUGAUAUCAACUAAUCUUGUAGUUAUAAAGAAACGGGCUAAAAUGUUUUUAGGUGGAACAUUGGCAGACAAGAAAAAGAAAAAGGCACUUUUGGACGAAGGAGAUGACUUCGAAGUAGAAUCCGGGAGUUCAGAACCGGGCUCUGAAGUUGAAUCAGAACACUUGAGUGUUAGUAGUGAUAUAAACAGCGAAGUGGAUGCCGAAAUUCUUUCUUCCGAGUUUGAGAGCGACGACGAAGUACCCCUAUCAGAGGUUCGCGCGUCGAGACAAAGUUAUUAUACUGGCAAAGAUAAGACAACAAAGUGGCAAAAAGAACCAUUCAGAAGCAAUGUUCGUAGUAGAGCAGAAAAUAUUAUUACUCAUUUGCCUGGUGUGAAAACAGCUGCAAGGGUUAAGUUGUCACCUCUUGAGUGUUUUGAACUAUUUAUUUCCGAUGCUAUGACAGAUGAAAUCGUGAAUUGCACUAAUGAGAAAAUACUCUCCCGACCAACUGGUGAUCCUCAACAGUCACAAACUACAAAGGAGGAAAUAAAAGCCCUUUACGGUUUACUUUUCCUAUCAGGUAGGUACCUGAAAAUUUGCCGGAACCUCCAGUCAAAAGGUCCAAUACACAAAGAAGAUUUUCAAGUUGCCCCAGGGACAAAGAUCGUAAAACAAAAUAUACGUGUAAAAAAUGUUAUGUACUAA